GCACAGGGGAGCACUGAAGCCUCGGUGAGGACUUCAUUGAUCAGUGCAGUGACUGUCAGUGCAAGUAGUACUGCCUGCGCCACAGCACAUAGGGAGCAGCUGCAGCAGCAAGGAGGCACCAUGGUGUGGUGCGGUCGCCCGGAAGGAGUCGUGCUGCCGCCACUUCAGGCUCUGGCUGUGUCAGCCAUAGAACAUGCAGGGGCGGGCUCUCUCUGAGACCCUGCACCUUGUUAUUGGUUGUAACCAGACAGUUGUAUAACCUGCGCACAAUUUCGGGCACAUUGUGUGAAAAUGCGCAAAUAAAGAUAAUGGAGGCGGAUUUGGAUGUGACGCCGCUACCCUAGGCACAACAAGCCGUGUAGCACUCGUCGUGAGGGGAACACACUGGAUGUUUAGAUUCCACGAUCUUCAUCGACUCACAGUCCAAAAAGAAAAGAGAUCUCCUGGCGAUAUUUCUCAGGAAUAACGGAAGCCACCGGGAAGGAGGACAGUCGCUUUCUCGGUGUACUGGCAAAAAGAGCUGGCAUGUAAUGUCUUUGGAAGUUCAACACAGACCAUGUAGCCGAUAAGUCACAAAGGAAUUGCCGGCGAAGCACCCAGGAGCAAACACGGAGCGCUGAUCCGGUAGCCAUGAUUGAUGUCUGUCAAUAUAUAAAUACCAGCAGACUUUAAACACCAGGAUUGGGCAAAAUAAGCCCCAGCUUCCAAUCCUGGUGGAGAAUGGCUCAGGGAUGGGAUUCAUACUUCCAUAACCUUCCACCUCUAUCAUCAGAUCCAAGCACUUUGAGAAGGACAUCAGAGUCAGAGGGAAGUCUUCCCCAGCAUAUAGAGAACUUCAUUGGACAUCAUGACUUCCCUGGCACAGUGGCUUCUAAUGAAGCCCCUGCAACAAACUCAAACUUCGACACAGACAAUUACUCAAGUCUCAGUAUGGAAAAUCCCAGUUCAGACUGUCUUUAUCAAAGAUACUGCAAGGAAACGCCAUGGCAAACUGAUGUAGAACAAAUGGAAAAAGAUUACUUGCCAAGAAGUGGAAAUAGUGAUAUCUCAGAUUUUGCCACAGAAGGAUUAUCGACAUCUUUUGCAACAGAUUUACAAGAUCUUAAGCAAGACUGUGGAAUGCUAGCUUCAUCAUUAACUGAGGACUACUCAGACGUCAGUAGCUGCUCGGAUGCAGAUGCAGGUGAAACAAGGCCCUCUUGUAAAUUCAUUGCAAGUAAUUCCGUGCCAAAAUCUGCUACUACAAAACCCAGUUCAUCAGAAUGGCUUUUCACUGAUGCUGGAAAAAUGAUGCUUCCCACUGAGAGCCUGUGCCCUAAUAUGUCGGAGACUAAUGUAAAUUUAUCUAGCCCAUCAAAUGGGAUUGCAGGAGAAAACGUAGUUGAACGUGCACAAGACAAGAUGGAAAAAACUGUCAAAUCUUACACAGGACAAAAUCAGUCCUCUACUACUUCUAACAUGGUGACAACUAAAGGGAGCAAGACUGUAAAGGGUAGAAAUGAUUGUGGUGGGUGUCCAGAUCAGAAACAAAAGGAGGCUGUGGAGAGAGAUCUGACUCGAGGAAAUAAUUCAAACAUCUCGAUUAGUGGCCUUGCAAACUUGACUGGUGAUGGAAUAGAAUACCCAGAUGGCAAUGAGGAAGAGCGGAUUCCUGCAAGUGCUCCGAAUAUCAUGACUUUGGACAAUGUGCAAGAUCACUCGGAUGAAAAAGUUCUAAGAAAGGAAAUUAAGGAAUCAAUUGACCAUAAUCCCAAUUCCACUGAUGGUCAAAAUGAAAACAUAAUUCAGUCAAAUACCUCUCAAUCUUCAGAACAACCCGAUUGUAAAGAUUCCGCUCAUAAACUGGAGGAAUGCACAAGUACCUCAAAAGGUAACCGUCGUGAUGUUGAAUCCUGCUUGCCGUUGUCUGAGCACCAAUCUUAUGAAAGUGUUGCCAGUGACAAUUUUCCUAUUGAUACUAGUGACAAGAACGAACAAGAUGUUGCUAGUCCUAUAGAAUCCUGCUUACAGCCAAACGGCUCAAGCAAAGACAUAAAUCCCUGUUUCAAAAAGGAAUGGACAAGUCCAUCUGACAAAACAAAUGCAACCUCCUCUCCAGAUCAGCAACAGACACUACAUCAAAGUCCAGUGGCCCUAGAACCAGGAUGUCAAAAUGGAGGUUUUGCUGAAUGUGCAAGAGAGUCGUUAGAAGAGUUGGACACAUCUGCAGAGUCAGCACUUGGAAUGAUGUAUGGUGAACCUCUUUCAAGAGAAGAUUCUUUAUGUGAUGCUGAUGGAACACAACUUGACACUUCUGUGGCCAGACCUGACCAUAAUAGCAUGAACAAUUCAGAAGGACAAGAAACUCAACUCAACUCAACAAGAAAACGUCUGCAGCCUGUUGUAAUAUUGAAGAUAUCGGAGUCAGUAAAUGGAACGAGUAACUCUUAUCAUUGCGCAGAUUGCCAAGACACAACCCACAAUGUAGAUCAUCUAAUUGAACACUAUCAUUGUUGCCAUUCAGUGCACAAUUUCCAGUUUUGCAAGACUUGUAAUCUCUACUUAAUGCAGAAUAAGCAAACAGAAAAACACGUGUGUUGUGUAACCAAAGAUAGCCCUCAGCUCUCAUCUGAUUUCAGCCUAACGAAGAAAAGAAAACAAGAUUUCAACAAGUGCGGACUCGCAUUUCCAAAACCAUAUAUUAAGAAGAUGCGCCCUCUCACUGGCAAAACACCCUAUAAGUGUAAUGGCUGUGGAUUGUAUUUCACACAGUCUAGUAGCCUGCUAAGACACAUGCGUGGUAGAUGCAAGCAACUAAAACUUCCAGUUACAAAUGCCGUUAUCAAAGAAACUAAAACACCACCGCUAAAGGACCUAGUCCAGGACAAACCUUAUCCAAAUCUACCCGAAUGUUAUGUAAAGCUUGUUGACAUCUCCAAAACUCAUCUGUGUAGUUUCUGUGGUAAAAGCUUCUUAACUGCAGUCAAGGCCAAAAAGCACUUCUACAGCAUACACAAGGGAAAGAGUUUGGUAGUUUCAUCAAGUCAGUCUACCACAAAAGACAGUGGUGAGAAAACCCCAAAAGUGGAGAAUGACACACAAGGAAAAUAUAAAUGUCCUCUCUGUCCACGGCUUUUCAAGUACUCCUACAACAGGACUCGACAUUUGCGUGACUGUGUCAGGCAUUCAAUAUCUGGUGGCAAGGAUAAGAUUUCCGGUAAAUAUCGGUGUCCCUUGUGCGAAGUUACCUUCACUUUACCAUGCAACCGAUAUAGACAUAUUAAAGCCACUUGUCUCAGAGAAUGUCUUGCUCGGCUUGCAAAAGAGAGGACAAAAACAAAGGACAUUGAACAGAAAACACAGUCAAAGAAAAAUGUUCCGAAAAAACAGCCUAUGGAUCUUGAACAAAAAAAGCAAGCCCUCAAGACUGUACCCCGUUACAAAUGUAAUCUUUGUCCAGCUGUUUUUUGUCAUGGUUCUGGAAAGUACAGACAUAUGAAGAAACAUGAGGUAUUUAAACUCACUGGUAAAAUGUUCAGGUACAGGAAUUCCGUUUCCCCAACCAUGUCCAAACCAGAAAUUUCAAGUAGUGCAAAGGCUAAAGAGAGUAAGGAUACCUCAAAAUCAACUGGAGCAAAUGGCAGUCGUGCCCUGAGCUGUACACUUUGUGGAACUUGCUUCAACACACCACAAUCACUGAAGAAACAUGAGUGCAAUCACAGAGGUGAAAGACCGUACCACUGUCUGCAAUGUGGAAAAAGAUUCAAAAAACGUGCCUAUCUGAUUGAUCAUAAAAAAAGUGUUCACCAGAGGAGGAUACAGUGCAUGGUCUGCAGAAUGAUUCUUCCAACUAUUGGAGAACUGAUUCAGCACAGAAGCUCACAUCUUAAAAGGGGAAAGCUUCAAUGCCCAGACUGUAAUCUGCAGUUCCAGUAUCCUGCACAUCUCCUUAGGCAUCUAGAACGCCACAAAAAUAGAGAGAGAAAAAAGAUUCUGCUUGAAGAGAGACCAGCAUUAAAACCACAGCAGUCCUUGAAUCCAGUCCAGCAGAGUGAACCAAAGCAGCUGCAGUGUUCUUUAUGCAAAGAGGUAUUUAAUGAUGCCCGAAAACUAAGAAAACAUUCUCUUUCACAUAUAUCGGGUUCCUCUUCAAACCAGUGUCCAUUUUGCAAACGCAAUUCCAAUAAUCGCCGCAAUCUGCUGCGCCACAUGGUCAAACACACUGGCGACAAAGCCUUUUCCUGCACUGGUUGUGGAAAACAGUUUUACCGUGAGUUGUACCUUCAACUUCAUCGUGAAAAGUGUUUGCCUGCUCAAACCAGACAUCUUGUCACAUUGGAUUCCGUGACUAAGACAAAGGGGCCACAUAAUUGUUCCUAUUGUCCACGGACAUUUUGUAAGAAAAUCCGCCUGAAAAAUCAUCACCGUGGCCACAAGACGAACACUCUGCGUCUCUGCUCAAGAUGUGGGCAGUACUUUGGAUUUAGAAAAUUAGAUCAACAUCAGAGGAACUGCAAGGAGACUACAGAGCUCAACACUGGCUUAUCAUCCAAUGACGACGUCUGUAAAAGCACUUCACAGACAAUCCAGAAGGUCCGUAAAAUGCCUUUAAAGUCCAACGCAACCAACAUGCUUUACUUUAAAUGCUCUCACUGUACACAGAGGUUCAGGUACAGGUCAUUACUCUUGAGACAUCUUGUUUCACAUACUGGGGUGCAACCCUUCGCAUGUAUGCACUGUGGACACCGUUAUGCAAGUCACUCAAUGUGUUUGCAGCAUGAAGCUUUCUGUGAUGGAGUUUACGAAGAGGGGAAGUCAAACGUCAAAGGUGCUGCUGCAACUCAAUUGACAAAGACGCUUACUCUCAAAAAGGCAGCACAAAAGCCCCAAACGGAAGGUGAAGCUGACUACAAGUGCAAAUUCUGCACGAAGACUUUCAUGAAAUCACGAAGCCUGAGACGUCACAUUUUGACACAUAACGAAGUGAAGCCGUAUCGCUGUAAAGCCUGUGACAGCUGCUUUUCAAGGUAUGAUCAUCUGAAAGUACAUCAGACUCGCUGUAGGGGUAAAAAAACGCGAUUGGAAGUCUGUAUACCCAAAAUCAGUUUAGAUUAUGUUGGCAAGGGUUGGCAAAAUAAGUAUGGCAUGGAGCAUACUGUAAAGCAGGAGACAUUUGAGUGCAAAGUCUGUUCAAGGAGCUUCCCAACUCAGUCUAAACUUUCCCGGCAUGUCACUAUGUUCCAUGUUACAAAGGUAUUCAAGUGCACAUGCUGUGGCUCGUCAUUCGUUCAUGAAACAUCUCUGAAAAAGCAUAGGAAGAUGAAAAAGUGCCGAAAGCCUUCGAAUGAAGCAAAUGCUUCUCUACCACUGGAAACUAAUCCACCAACAGAAAAUGUGACAAACUCACUUAAAAGGAUGAGAAAUAGAAUUAUACAGCGUAUUCAGCCUUAUUUGAACAAAAAGUAUAAAUACGCAUGUAGCUAUUGCCCCCGCGUUUUUCAAAACAGCUGGCAAUUGGGCGUGCACAAUCGCCUGCACACAGGAGAGCGGCCAUAUGCCUGUGAUGAUUGUGGUCAGAGAUUUAUAAGGAAGGAUUAUGUGAAGCGUCAUUCCGUAAAGUGCUCCAAAAAACUAAUUUUAACAUCAAGAUUAUCAAAGUCCACAGGCUGCCAAAGCCCACAGUCAACUUCUGAAAGCCCACCAAAAGGCUUUUCUUGUGCAUACUGUAGUUCUCGUUUUUUGCUAUUUUCACAGCUUCAAGAGCAUUUCUUAAAUGCACACAAACUGGAAACAAAGGCUCCAUCAGUGUCCACUGCUCCCCUACAACACCAUCUCUCAAAUAUACUAAAUGUCAAAGAAGAGCCUUUGGAUGAGAGUUGUGACAAACAAUUUAGUGAUGCUGCUAAUGUAAUCUGUAAUCUAGAUACAGCUUUUAAAAGUGAGGUCUCCACUCCAUUUUUCUGCCAAGAGUGCAAUAUGUCCUUUACAAAUAAAGCUGGCCUAACUGGUCAUCUGCGUGUACACGCAAGGGAGUUUCCCUUUAGCUGUAAAACAUGCAAGAAGGGCUUCUGGAACAAAAGUCUUCUCCGUAAUCACAACAGGAAGUGUAGAUAUGGACACAUUUCAGAGAAAAGUAAAACCCAACAAUUGGAAGUCCCUUUGAAAGCAGAGAUUGAUUUUGUGCUGAAUGAUUCUGUUCUAGUGUUCAAAGAAGCCUCCAAAUCAACUGGCACUGGAGUUUUGCAGACCAACUUCUCCUGCAAAGAUGAAUUAAUAGAUGAUAAUCAAGUGCAAAGCAGCUCAAGUAAAGAUAAGAAAGCUGUGCAGUACCAAUGUUCAGAAUGUGAUCAGAGCUUCACAGAUGGCUUAAUGCUCAUUAGUCACCUUGAAGACCAUGGAAGAGAGGAACAAGCGAAAAAGCACAAUGCAUGUAUUGAGUGUGGACAGGUGUUCGCUAGUUAUGGAAGUCUUGUAAGACACAUGAAAUUACAUGACAUUGAUAGGAAAUUAUCUUGUCCUGACUGCUCCAAGAUGUUUUACACCUUAUCUGAAGUUGAAACCCACAGAACAUGCCAUGACCCAAGUAGGCCUUUUACUUGCAAACUGUGUAAUCACAGGUUUUGGACAAGUCCAUCUUUAUGUAGUCAUUACAGAGAAGAGCAUCCAGAUGAUGUAUUCAGUUGUCGUUUCUGUGACAAGGCCUAUUCAGUCAAAAAAUCACUGGCAAGACAUUAUAGAAGAUGGCAUCUUAAAGAGCAGAGGGAUCUUGUAAAGGAAAAGAGCCGCGCUGAAAAACCAUCCAGCAGUCAAUUCAGUACAACUGGUGAAAGUGAUGGGGAUGAUGACAGCAACUCGGAUUCUGCGCCGUACUUCCCAUGCCACGUGUGUGGCAAGACAUUCCCAACAUCAGAAAGUCUUGAGGAUCAUCAGCGGUGUCACCUGGGUGAAAAACCACAUGAAUGUGCAGAAUGUGGUAGAUGUUUUUUCCAGGCAUCCCAGUUGCAGCAGCAUCAAAGAAUGCACAAGUCUGAAUUUCAGUGUCAGGCAUGCGGCAGGGGAUUUGUCUCGCUCUUUGCACUGCGUAAACACAAGCAUACUCAUGGAAAGAGCCGUCCGUACCGAUGUCCCAAGUGUGACUUCAGCUUCACAGGAACCUUGCAGUUGGCAGAACACAUGUCUAUCCACCGUGAAGAGAGCUUCCCUUGCGACAUAUGCAAUCUUGUGUUUCUCUCCAAGAGUAGCAGAGCUGAGCAUCGGAAAAGCCACUCUAAGUCAGGUGACCUCCCCCCACCUUCAAUUUCAAGGAAAGAACAUGAGACGUCUGCUUUACUUUCUGAAAGCUCCUCAGUAUCCCCCAAAGAACUUAAAUAUCGCUGCGGUGUUUGUGGUGAGCGCUUCGGAGACCCAGAAAAGCUCUCAGAGCAUGGUUGCACUGCAGCCAAAGAGCGACCAUACUCCUGUUCAGACUGCGAUAAACAUUUUCUACAUGCAUCUCACCUGAAGAAGCACAGGGCCACCCAUCAACUACCAUGGUCUGGUAGUGAAUAUCCAUGCAAUCAAUGCAACAAUAGUUUUUCCUCUUCUCAGCUUUUCCUCAGCCAUCUGAAGAGCCAUGGUACAGAAAUUAAACCUUCCACUGAAGUUAAAGCUCUAUCAAACGGUUUCAAAUGUCCAGUUUGCCAUCAGUGUUUUACCAGUGCCACUGAGUUGAUUAGUCAUUUCCCCAAGCAUCCCGAUGGUCCGUCCAAAACUUCUAAAACUGCAUUUCCCUCUAGAAGUAAACUUGAUGAACAUGAGCACUGUUCCCAUCAAAAGCAUGCAACAAUGCAGGCUGAAUGCUCAAAUGCAUUAUCUAAGACAUCCCCUCCAACUCAUUAUCAAGCAGCAGGGGAGGAGGAAGAGAUCGACGUUACAGGAGAGGAGUUGUACAAUUGCCCCGUUUGCUCAAUGCGGUUCUCCUCAAAGAGUGGCCUUUUGGAGCAUCAAAAUAAACUGCACCGAAUUGACGGGCCCUUCAAAUGCGAGCUUUGUGGAAAAACAUUUGCCAGGAAAAGUUACCUUAGCAAGCACGAGCGAAGGCAUCAUCAAAAAAACAUGGCUCAGUCGGCCAAAAACGCGUUCAAAUGUUCCCAGUGCUACGAUUUAUUCAAUACAGCACAAGAUCUGUCAUUGCACAUGAGAUUUCACGCUGAAAAAGAAGUUGGAGAGUACCGCUGUGAUAUGUGUUACAAGUCGUUCAGAAAGUGGCAUAAUCUUAAACAGCACCAGGAAAGUCAUGUCGGCCAAGUUGUAUAUGAAUGCACAGAAUGUGACAAAGCCUUCGCUUUUCCUCACCUCCUGGAGAAACAUCAACAGACUCAUGCUGGGUCCUCUCAGUAGUGGUUGUUCAAUACCAUCUACCUUAGCUUCCCUUUGAAUACCUUGCUUAAGUAACUUGAAAUCCAUUUCAUGCCUUACAUCUGACUGUGUACCUCCACUUGUUAUCACUAUUUAGAUCCAAUUUGCAAUUUUUGCCUUUGUUACAUACUAACAAAUCUUGUCAUGUCACUAUGACGGAGCAUCUUCUCCAGCGUUUCUAUUUACAAUGUAUGUAUUUUUAUUUUCUAAUGUGGGAUUUGUAUACACUAAUUAGCCACAUAGUUUCUUGACCGUUUGUUAAUCUAUGCCAAAUGUUUUAAAUUGUGUAAAGCUGUUUAACAUUCUUUGUGUGAAUACAGACAAUGCAUGAUGGGAUGAAAUGUUUAUGUAAAGUCAUGGAUACUGAAACCUUUUUAUCAAACAUGAUCAUUUCUUAUGUUUGACAUUUAUUUUGAAAUACAUUUGUCAGUUUUGUUAAUAUGUAAGAUGCACUUCAAACUGGUCAUUUUAAUCUAUUGUUAUUUUUUAUGACUUCAUGUACUAUAGAUAAUUUUGUAAUUUCAGUUUGUAUUAUGUGUUGCAUUUUGUAAGUUUCUUGUACAUACAUUCGUAAUACGCUCUAAUUGAAUAUUCUUUUCACAACCUCAUGUUACUUUGUUAAGGAAUUUAAGUUGAUGCAUUCAAUUAAGGAGUAAAGUCAACUAGAAAAUCUA